AUGUCGUAUGCGACGUUGGGAGCUUUAUUAUUACAUUAUGUGAGCACACGGCGUCUGCAGGGCACACAGAAGGAGUAUAAGCACAGUUUAUGGAAGGAUACAGAAGUACAACUGCAGAAGUUUAUAGCACAUUUGAAUGAGGAUGGCAUGGACGAUAUGUAUUAUGCAAAUUGCAAGAACUUUGGCUGGCAGCACCCGCAUGACCCGACUGGGACACCCUACGUAGUUACACGCAUGGGUGACAGAAUUAUAUGUACAAUUAUGACCAGGGCAUUGUGGUUUGCCAAUGGUUGGAGCAAAGCACCAGAGAUGCAUACGGAAGAUCAUAGUGGCGGGGGGACAGAUUUGAAGGAUUUUAUACGAUGUGGAAUUGUAAAUAUGUUUAUGCACCUAUUGGAGGAAUCAGCAUGUGCAAGUCGGUGGGGCAUUUUCUAUGCAUGGUACUCCGUGAAGCGCAUGGAGAAUGAAGGACCGUUCGGACGGAACUUAAUAUAUGAGGGAAAAUGUAAGAACGGAAUGGAACAAGAUAUUCAGGCAAAAGGAUGGUCUAUGAAAGAAAGUAUUAAACAAUGGUUAAGUACACAUGAAAGCAUAAGGAACAGCAUGCAGAACGCAAGUGUAAGUACGAACUGUAGCCGCAACAUAGGAGAACUCCCGACACAGGGGAAAGGUAACAAAAAUACGGAGGACGGGGACAUAGUAAAAGAGCAGGUAGUACAAACCGCGAAGACUCUAAGCACAGGGAUGCGUAACAUAUUCACAGAAAUUAAGAAAGAAGUGAAGGCAAGUGGUAGCAAGGGGGAAGAUGCUCAAUCCCCAAUACCUGCCUCAGCCGCGGCAACACCACAGGCACCGACAG